UACUUUUAAUAAUGAAAUUAGCUUCUUUGACACAUCCUUUUGAACAGCCCUUACGUUACAGACAUCGAUGACUGACUGACUACUACUCUUAACAUCAACGUCCUGUAAGGAAAAUUCAUAUAUUCAUUAUUUUUUGGUCUUUUCUCCUUUUUUGAUUAAUUUGAUUUUAUUUACUUUACAUUUCGUUUAAAUGGUGUCUUUGGAGUAUGGGUUUGAACGAGCCAAGCACUUGCUAAAGCGGCCGUUUGUUCGCUACACUUUCAUUGGUCUUCUUUCCUUGUUAUUCGGGUUUUUGUCAUUCAAAUAUGUCUUUCGUAAGUCGCUUAAUCCAGUUGAUGAACUGUAUCAAUGCGCUGUACCUUCCAUGAUCUAUGUCCCUCCCAUGAUUAAUAAAGUGAUUGCCAUUCAAGAAGAAGAGUUUAUUAGACGUCGUGAUAGACUCGCCUCCACUUUAGCUUCCGAGAAUAUUGAUGCCUUCAUCAUGGAACCAACUAUUUCUAUGAAUUACUAUGCCAACAUUUCUUCCAAUGCUUGGGGGUUAUCCGAACGUCCCUUUUUAGGAAUUGUUUUCGCUGAGGAAGAAUCUUCUGGAGCAACUGUGUUUUUCUUGCUUCCAAAAUUUGAACUUCCUCGCGCAAAAGAAUUGGUGGGAGACAAAUUAAACGCAAGGUAUAUUACUUGGGAUGAGGAUGAAAAUCCUUAUCAAGUUUUAUAUGACACCCUUGGACCUUCUAAGCUUAUGAUUGAUGGUACAGUACGACACUUUAUAGCUCAAGGCUUACAGGAAAGUGGAUUUGAAGUUGUGGGUCAAUCUAAAAGUGUAUCCAGUCUUCGUGAAAUUAAAAGCGAUGCUGAAAUUGACAUUAUGUUUCGAGUAAAUAUUGCUACAGUCGCUGUUAUCCGAUCCGUUCAGCCAUGUCUAAAGCCUGGAAUAACAGAACUUGACUUGGCCGAAACCAUCAACAGACUUUUUAUUUAUGGUGGCCUUCCACCUCAAGAUAGCCCAAUUGUUUUGUUUGGGGAACGUGCAGCUAUGCCUCAUGGUACACCUUCCGAGCGUUCAUUGAACAAGAAUGAAUUUGCUUUAAUUGACAUUGGAACUGAACUUUUUGGCUAUCACAGUGACUGUACUAGAACAGUCCUUCCAAAUGAUCAAAAAAUGACUAAAGAGAUGGAGAACAUAUGGAAUCUCGUGUUUGAAGCUCAGACGGCCGGAAUGAACGCUUUGACAUAUUCUAACCAUACUUCAUGUGCAAGUGUUGAUCGUAUUGCAAGAAAUAUUAUCCGUGAAGCUGGCUAUGGCGAAUUUUUUAUUCACCGAUUGGGUCAUGGAUUGGGAUUGGAGGAACACGAAAAUUCAUACUUAAAUUCCGCAAACAAUAACACUUACAUUCAGAAAGGAAAUAUAUUUACUGUUGAGCCAGGAAUUUAUAUUCCCGAUAAGAUUGGGGUACGGAUUGAAGAUGCUGUUCUUGUUUCUGAUUUUCCCGUCCUCUUGACAAACUACAGAGCAAACAGCCCCUAUGAACCAUAAUGAAAACUUUUUACAUAAUUUAUAUAAAUGCAAAAAUAAUAAUAUGAAUCAUGAUUGUCUUUUUGAAUGAA